UCAAAAAAUAACAAGAAGCCGUAUGUCCACUCUGAAACAGCCAACAAAGAUUCCUAGAAAAAAAUUUUUAUUAUCAAAAAGGUCAUUUAUUUUAGUUACGAGAUCUAAUAUGGCAUGUUCGGUUGAAUGUUGCUUUUGAAAUAUAUAUUGUUUUUUGUUCAUAAUAUUGUUAUUAGUUAGAUUUGUAAGCUAUUCGUUCUAGAAGUUUAGAAAACACAGGAAGGAUUGAGAUUGGCUUUCAGUUUUCAAUAUUGGUAUGACUUUUUGAGAAAUUGAGAAAUGGCUUUCAGUUUUAAAUAUUGGUAUGACUUUUGCAAUUUUUAAUUUGUCUGGAACAGUUUCCGUUGUUAUUGAAGAUUUGAAAAUUUUGAAUAUGGGUUGCGUAUCAUCGGAAGACACUUAUUACUACAUUGCUACAAAUCUUAUCGAUUCCUGGUGUUUUGUUAUUUUUUAGAGAGUUUUAGAGCAACUUUAAGUUCAUCAUAACUUAGUCCAUUGAAUUUUAGUUCGCUAUGUAGAUCUUUAAGAUUUCAAUAUAGGUAUUUGGACAUUAAAAUUUGAAUGCCAUGUUAGGGCCGAUGUUUGGAAAGAAACUGUUGAAAUGUUUAUUUAACAUCAACUUUAUUUAGUCAUGAAGGGCAGAAUUUUAAUUGAUAGGAAUGAAUUAAAAAUUAAUUUUUGAUUACAUUUUUUUAACAAAAAAAAAAUUAUUCUCUCCCCAAACCCCCCUCCCUUGACCAUAUUUGACCCUAUUAUAAAGAUUUUUAAUCUUCCUUCCUUGUUUACCUUUUCUACAUCAUAGAGCAAGUUUUCAGUAAUUUUGAAUAAAUAUUUUCAAAAUUAACUUUGGCCUAAGUUUAAUUUAUUUCUGAUUACUGUGUAGCCUAGGAAAUAAAUAUUGCAUUACAACAUACAAGGGCUAUGCUAUUAUUUCUUGAUGAUUUCAAAAACAAUUUUGAACAGAUUAUUAAAGAAGCAUGAGAAGCAUCGGUAAAAAUAAAUGUUAAAGCACAGUUCACUGAAUGGUCUUCUUUUUUAAAUAUUAACUAACCAAGAGUGUCUUGGUAAAUCACCACAAUCUAGUUUAACCCAAGUAUAUAUAUUAUAUAAUUUGUUUACCCUUACCAAAACGGAGAAUGCAUAAUCUCAAGAGAUUUGCAAGCUAUUGUGGUUAUACAGACCAUAAAAAUAAAGAAAAUAAGAUAUAUGACGAUAUUGAUGACAUACCAAAUGGUGAAAUUAAACCAACAGACAAAGAAAUUGAGCCAGUUAAAUGUGGUGAUGGUUUUGAUAAAGUAUGUUGCACCAAAUGUAUUUGUUGAACUACUAUUAAUCAGUUUUAAAAAUCCUGACGGCUUAGAUUAUAAAGGAAAUAAAUGUGAUUUAUGGGUAAUACAGAAUUGUGACACAAAAUUAAAGAUAUGCUUUGACCUUAAAAAUGAAUGUUUAAGUUUUUUGGAAACUAAAGAAUACACAAAUAUGAAUAGUAUAGACUUUGCAUCAGAAGAUAAUAAAAAUAAAUUAUUUAUUCAAGAAUUUAAAGAACCAUACAAAGAAAAAAUUUUCAUAUAUAUUGAAGCGAAUGAUGAAGAAUCUGUAACUGCAGUUGAUUUGAUUGAUGAAUUUGUUCAUGAAAUAAACAUAAAGGUGUCAUCAAACAAAACUGUAGCAAAGUUUAAUGAUUUUUCUAAAAAUGGCAAAUAUUUUCAAUUUAGUAAGUCAACAAUUCAAUACGGUCUUAAAGUAUAUUGCUCCUUAAAUUAUUUUGGAAAUGACUGCAAUAAGUAUUGUGAAGUAAGUAAAAAUUCAAACGUUGUUUGUAAUAAUUUUGGAGAAAAAGUUUGCAAGUUAGAUUGGUUUAAUGAAAAUUGUAGUGUUUUUUGUAAACCAAAAGCCAAUGAAAAAUAUAAAUGUGACCAAAAGUCUGGUAAAAAAAUAUGUUUUCUUAAUUAUUAUGGCAUUGAAUGUGACAAAUAUUGUGACACUAAAGGCAUUAACUAUAUAUGCAAUAAUGUUACUGGUGAAAAAAUAUGUAAACUUAAUUUUUAUGGCGAAAACUGUACAACAUUUUGCAGUGCAAAUGCUUCUAAUUAUUACUGUGACGAAAAUGGUAAUAUGAUCUGUAAAAAAAACUAUUUUGGUAAAAACUGUAAAUUUUGUGAAAAUGAUGUUGUAGACAAAAAGUACACAUGCAAUACCACAACAGGAGAAAAAGAGUGUUACAAAAACUACUAUGGACCAAACUGCACUUAUUGUAAUACAUAUAAUAACAGUAAAAAUUAUAAAUGCAAUAUUUCUACUGGAGAAAAAGUAUGUUUUUCUAAUUAUUAUGAUGAAAACUGUUCCACAUUUUGUUUAGCUAACAAUAAAACUGACAAUUUUGUUUGCAAUGAAAUAACUGGUGAAAAACUAUGUUUUGAUAAUUACUAUGGAAACAACUGUUCUGUUUACUGCAACACAAAUAAUAAAACUGCAAAUUAUUUUUGUAAGAAUUCGACUGGAGAAAAAGAAUGUUUUUCUGAUUAUUAUGGUCAAAACUGUUCAACAUUUUGUUUAGCUGACAAUAAAACUGACAAUUUUGUUUGCAAUGAAAUAACUGGUGAAAAACUAUGUUUUGAUAAUUACUAUGGAAACAACUGUUCUGUUUACUGCAACACAAAUAAUAAUACUGCAAAUUAUUUUUGUAAUAAUUCGACUGGAGAAAAAGUAUGUUUUUCUGAUUAUUAUGGUCAAAACUGUUCAAAAUUUUGUUUAGCUAACAAUAAAACUGAUAAUUUUGUUUGUAAUGAAAUAACUGGUGAAAAACUAUGUUUUGAUAAUUAUUAUGGAAACAACUGUUCUGUUUACUGCAACACAAAUAAUAAUACUGCAAAUUAUUUUUGUAAUAAUUCGACUGGAGAAAAAGUAUGUUUUUCUGAUUAUUAUGGUCAAAACUGUUCAAAAUUUUGUUUAGCUAACAAUAAAACGGAUAAUUUUGUUUGCAAUGAAAUAACUGGUGAAAAACUAUGUUUUGAUAAUUAUUAUGGAAACAACUGUUCUGUUUACUGCAACACAAAUAAUAAUACUGCAAAUUAUUUUUGUAAUAAUUCGACUGGAGAAAAAGAAUGUUUUUCUGAUUAUUAUGGUCAAAACUGUUCAACAUUUUGUUUAGCUAACAAUGAAACUGACAAUUUUGUUUGCAAUGAAAUAACUGGUGAAAAACUAUGUUUUGAUAAUUACUAUGGAAAAAACUGUUCUGUUUACUGCAACACAAAUAAUAAUACUGCAAAUUAUUUUUGUAAUAAUUCGACUGGAGAAAAAGAAUGUUUUUCUGAUUAUUAUGGUCAAAACUGUUCAACAUUUUGUUUAGCUAACAACGAAACUGACAAUUUUGUUUGCAAUGAAAUAACUGGUGAAAAACUAUGUUUUGAUAAUUACUAUGGAAACAACUGUUCUGUUUACUGCAACACAAAUAAUAAUACUGCAAAUUAUCUUUGUAAUAAUUCGACUGGAGAAAAAGUAUGUUUUUCUGAUUAUUAUGGUCAAAACUGUUCAACAUUUUGUUUAGCUAACAAUGAAACUGACAAUUUUGUUUGCAAUGAAAUAACUGGUGAAAAACUAUGUUUUGAUAAUUACUAUGGAAACAACUGUUCUGUUUACUGCAACACAAAUAAUAAUACUGCAAAUUAUUUUUGUAAUAAUUCGACUGGAGAAAAAGAAUGUUUUUCUGAUUAUUAUGGUCAAAACUGUUCAAAAUUUUGUUUAGCUAACAAUAAAACUGAUAAUUUUGUUUGCAAUAAAAUAACUGGUGAAAAACUAUGUUUUGAUAAUUAUUAUGGUGACAACUGUUCUGUUUACUGCAACACAAAUAAUAAUACUGCAAAUUAUCUUUGUAAUAAUUCGACUGGAGAAAAAGAAUGUUUUUCUGAUUAUUAUGGUCAAAACUGUUCAACAUUUUGUUUAGCUAACAACGAAACUGACAAUUUUGUUUGCAAUGAAAUAACUGGUGAAAAACUAUGUUUUGAUAAUUACUAUGGAAACAACUGUUCUGUUUACUGCAACACAAAUAAUAAUACUGCAAAUUAUCUUUGUAAUAAUUCGACUGGAGAAAAAGUAUGUUUUUCUGAUUAUUAUGGUCAAAACUGUUCAACAUUUUGUUUAGCUAACAAUGAAACUGACAAUUUUGUUUGCAAUGAAAUAACUGGUGAAAAACUAUGUUUUGAUAAUUACUAUGGAAACAACUGUUCUGUUUACUGCAACACAAAUAAUAAUACUGCAAAUUAUUUUUGUAAUAAUUCGACUGGAGAAAAAGAAUGUUUUUCUGAUUAUUAUGGUCAAAACUGUUCAAAAUUUUGUUUAGCUAACAAUAAAACUGAUAAUUUUGUUUGCAAUAAAAUAACUGGUGAAAAACUAUGUUUUGAUAAUUAUUAUGGUGACAACUGUUCUGUUUACUGCAACACAAAUAAUAAUACUGCAAAUUAUCUUUGUAAUAAUUCGACUGGAGAAAAAGAAUGUUUUUCUGAUUAUUAUGGUCAAAACUGUUCAACUUUUUGUUUAGCUAACAACGAAACUGACAAUUUUGUUUGCAAUGAAAUAACUGGUGAAAAACUAUGUUUUGAUAAUUACUAUGGAAACAACUGUUCUGUUUACUGCAACACAAAUAAUAAUACUGCAAAUUAUUUUUGUAAUAAUUCGACUGGAGAAAAAGAAUGUUUUUCUGAUUAUUAUGGUCAAAACUGUUCAACAUUUUGUUUAGCUAACAAUGAAACUGACAAUUUUGUUUGCAAUGAAAUAACUGGUGAAAAACUAUGUUUUGAUAGUUAUUAUGGAAACAACUGUUCUGUUUACUGCAACACAAAUAAUAAUACUGCAAAUUAUCUUUGUAAUAAUUCGACUGGAGAAAAAGUAUGUUUUUCUGAUUAUUAUGGUCAAAACUGUUCAACAUUUUGUUUAGCUAACAAUGAAACUGACAAUUUUGUUUGCAAUGAAAUAACUGGUGAAAAACUAUGUUUUGAUAAUUACUAUGGAAACAAAUGUUCUGUUUACUGCAACACAAAUAAUAAUACUGCAAAUUAUUUUUGUAAUAAUUCGACUGGAGAAAAAGAAUGUUUUUCUGAUUAUUAUGGUCAAAACUGUUCAAAAUUUUGUUUAGCUAACAAUAAAACUGAUAAUUUUGUUUGCAAUAAAAUAACUGGUGAAAAACUAUGUUUUGAUAAUUAUUAUGGUGAAAACUGUUCUGUUUACUGCAACACAAAUAAUAAUACUGCAAAUUAUCUUUGUAAUAAUUCGACUGGAGAAAAAGAAUGUUUUUCUGAUUAUUAUGGUCAAAACUGUUCAACAUUUUGUUUAGCUAACAAUGAAACUGACAAUUUUGUUUGCAAUGAAAUAACUGGUGAAAAACUAUGUUUUGAUAAUUACUAUGGAAACAACUGUUCUGUUUAUUGCAACACAAAUAAUAAUACUGCAAAUUAUUUUUGUAAUAAUUCGACUGGAGAAAAAGAAUGUUUUUCUGAUUAUUAUGGUCAAAACUGUUCAACAUUUUGUUUAGCUAACAACGAAACUGACAAUUUUGUUUGCAAUGAAAUAACCGGUGAAAAACUAUGUUUUGAUAAUUACUAUGGAAACAACUGUUCUGUUUACUGCAACACAAAUAAUAAUACUGCAAAUUAUUUUUGUAAUAAUUCGACUGGAGAAAAAGAAUGUUUUUCUGAUUAUUAUGGUCAAAACUGUUCAACAUUUUGUUUAGCUAACAAUGAAACUGACAAUUUUGUUUGCAAUGAAAUAACCGGUGAAAAGCUAUGUUUUGAUAAUUAUUAUGGAAACAACUGUUCUGUUUACUGCAACACAAAUAAUAAUACUGCAAAUUAUCUUUGUAAUAAUUCGACUGGAGAAAAAGAAUGUUUUUCUGAUUAUUAUGGUCAAAACUGUUCAACAUUUUGUUUAGCUAACAACGAAACUGACAAUUUUGUUUGCAAUGAAAUAACUGGUGAAAAACUAUGUUUUGAUAAUUAUUAUGGUGACAACUGUUCUGUUUACUGCAACACAAAUAAUAAUACUGCAAAUUAUCUUUGUAAUAAUUCGACUGGAGAAAAAAAGUGUUUUUCUGAUUAUUAUGGUCAAAACUGUUCAACAUUUUGUUUAGCUGACAAUAAAAUUGACAAUUUUGUUUGCAAUAAAAUAACUGGUGAAAAACUAUGUUUUGAUAAUUACUAUGGAGAAAACUGUUCUGUUUACUGCAACACAAAUAAUAAUACUGCAAAUUAUUUUUGUAAUAAUUUGACUGGAGCCAAAGAAUGUUUUUCUGAUUAUUAUGGUCAAAACUGUUCAACAUUUUGUUUAGCUAACAACAAAACUGACAAUUUUGUUUGCAAUGAAAUAUCUGGUGAAAAACUAUGUUUUGAUAAUUACUAUGGAAACAACUGUUCUGUUUACUGCAACACAAAUAAUGAUACUGCAAAUUAUCUUUGUAAUAAUUCGACCGGAGAAAAAGUAUGUUUUUCUGAUUAUUAUGGUCAAAACUGUUUAACAUUUUGUUUAGCUAACAACGAAACUGACAAUUUUGUUUGCAAUGAAAUAACUGGUGAAAAACUAUGUUUUGAUGAUUAUUAUGGUCACAACUGUUCUGUUUACUGCAACACAAAUAAUAAUACUGCAAAUUAUCUUUGUAAUAAUUCGACUGGAGAAAAAAAGUGUUUUUCUGAUUAUUAUGGUCAAAACUGUUCAACAUUUUGUUUAGCUGACAAUAAAACUGACAAUUUUGUUUGCAAUAAAAUAACUGGUGAAAAACUAUGUUUUGAUAAUUAUUAUGGAGAAAACUGUUCUGUUUACUGCAACACAAAUAAUAAUACUGCAAAUUAUUUUUGUAAUAAUUUGACUGGAGCCAAAGAAUGUUUUUCUGAUUAUUAUGGUCAAAACUGUUCAACAUUUUGUUUAGCUAACAACAAAACUGACAAUUUUGUUUGCAAUGAAAUAUCUGGUGAAAAACUAUGUUUUGAUAAUUACUAUGGAAACAACUGUUCUGUUUACUGCAACACAAAUAAUGAUACUGCAAAUUAUCUUUGUAAUAAUUCGACCGGAGAAAAAGUAUGUUUUUCUGAUUAUUAUGGUCAAAACUGUUCAACAUUUUGUUUAGCUAACAACGAAACUGACAAUUUUGUUUGCAAUGAAAUAACUGGUGAAAAACUAUGUUUUGAUGAUUAUUAUGGUGACAACUGUUCUGUUUACUGCAACACAAAUAAUAAUACUGCAAAUUAUCUUUGUAAUAAUUCGACUGGAGAAAAAAAGUGUUUUUCUGAUUAUUAUGGUCAAAACUGUUCAACAUUUUGUUUAGCUGACAAUAAAACUGACAAUUUUGUUUGCAAUAAAAUAACUGGUGAAAAACUAUGUUUUGAUAAUUACUAUGGAGAAAACUGUUCUGUUUACUGCAACACAAAUAAUAAUACUGCAAAUUAUUUUUGUAAUAAUUUGACUGGAGCCAAAGAAUGUUUUUCUGAUUAUUAUGGUCAAAACUGUUCAACAUUUUGUUUAGCUAACAACAAAACUGACAAUUUUGUUUGCAAUGAAAUAUCUGGUGAAAAACUAUGUUUUGAUAAUUACUAUGGAAACAACUGUUCUGUUUACUGCAACACAAAUAAUGAUACUGCAAAUUAUCUUUGUAAUAAUUCGACCGGAGAAAAAGUAUGUUUUUCUGAUUAUUAUGGUCAAAACUGUUCAACAUUUUGUUUAGCUAACAACGAAACUGACAAUUUUGUUUGCAAUGAAAUAACUGGUGAAAAACUAUGUUUUGAUGAUUAUUAUGGUGACAACUGUUCUGUUUACUGCAACACAAAUAAUAAUACUGCAAAUUAUCUUUGUAAUAAUUCGACUGGAGAAAAAAAGUGUUUUUCUGAUUAUUAUGGUCAAAACUGUUCAACAUUUUGUUUAGCUGACAAUAAAACUGACAAUUUUGUUUGCAAUAAAAUAACUGGUGAAAAACUAUGUUUUGAUAAUUACUAUGGAGAAAACUGUUCUGUUUACUGCAACACAAAUAAUAAUACUGCAAAUUAUUUUUGUAAUAAUUUGACUGGUGUCAAAGAAUGUUUUUCUGAUUAUUAUGGUCAAAACUGUUCAACAUUUUGUUUAGCUAACAACAAAACUGACAAUUUUGUUUGCAAUGAAGUAACUGGUGAAAAACUAUGUUUUGAUAAUUACUAUGGAAACAACUGUUCUGUUUACUGCAACACAAAUAAUAAUACUGCAAAUUUUUUUUGUAAUAAUUCGACUGGAGAAAAAGAAUGUUUUUCUGAUUAUUAUGGUCAAAACUGUUCCUUAUUUUGUUUAGCUAACAAUGAAACUGACAAUUUUGUUUGCAAUAAAAUAACUGGUGAAAAACUAUGUUUUGAUAAUUAUUAUGGAGAAAACUGUUCUGUUUACUGCAACACAAAUAAUAAUACUGCAAAUUAUUUUUGUAAUAAUUUGACUGGAGCCAAAGAAUGUUUUUCUGAAUAUUAUGGUCAAAACUGUUCUACAUUUUGUUUUGCUAACAACAAAACUGACAAUUUUGUUUGCAAUGAAAUAACUGGUGAAAAAGUAUGUUUUGAUAAUUUUUAUGGAGAAAACUGUUCUGUUCACUGUAACGCAAUAAUUGGUUUUAAUCACUCCACUGGAUAUUUUACAUGUGAUAAUGUUACUGGAAGAAAGUUAUGUUUUUCUAAUUACUAUGGAGAGAAUUGUACAACUUUUUGCAAUAAUAGUAGUAAAAGAUUUUAUUGUAAUAAACUCAAUGGUCAAAAAUUUUGUCGUCCUGGAAGGUUUGGUGCAGACUGUGAAGUUUAUGACAAAGUUUUGUUUUUUAAAUCUACGACUGGUUUGAUUACAAUGAUUUUUGUUCCACUUGCAUUUCUUUUUAUAUUGGGUUUUUUUGUGUUAAAUCGAUUUAGAAAAAAAGAUCUUGCUGAAAGUUCAUACAAGAAAUUUUCUUAUAAUGAUGCUGUUUCCUCAAUGAAAAAUAGUUGUCCGAAGAAGAAUUGUGAUUUCGAACUUCAAAAUCAUUUUAAAAAAAUUGACAGUGACAAAGAUGAUGUUGCUCUUGCUUAUGUUAAUCCAUUAUUUGGUGUUGAUCCACAAGCUUUAGAUUAUGAUGCUUGAAAAAAAAAAUUUUUUUUAAUGGUUCUAUUAUAAAUUUUUUGAUGUAUAUUAUGUGAAUAAUUAAUUUAUUACAGUUUAUUUUUAAAAAUAUUAAAUAUUUUAAUGUAUUUUAUUUAUAAGAUAUAAAUUAUGUGAAUGAAAUUUAAUUAUUAUUUUUUUGAAAUCUAGAAUGAAAGAAAUAUUCGGACAGUGAUAUUUUAGCUUAAAAAACAUAAUUU